CUGAUUAUCGGAUUAACGGCGUCUCAGCGGCCGACAGUAAGUGCAGUCAGAACACGACAGAGUAGGAAGAACAGGCAGCAUGAGCUUCAGCGUGGAGGAGAGAGGCAGAGAAAACACACCCGACUACAGACUUUACUUCAAAAACGCAGAGGGAAAAUACAUAUCUCCAUUUCAUGACAUUCCCAUCUACGCCGACGAGGCCGAGAACAUCUUCCAUGCUGUCGUGGAGGUCCCAAGAUGGACGAAUGCAAAAAUGGAGAUCGCGACUAAAGAUCCUCUCAAUCCGCUGAAGCAGGACGUGAAGAAAGGGAAUCUGCGUUACGUCAGCAACGUCUUUCCUCAUAAGGGCUACAUCUGGAACUAUGGAGCCAUUCCUCAGACGUGGGAGGAUCCGGGCCACCGGGACGGAGACACAGGCUGCUGUGGUGAUAAUGAUCCCAUUGACAUCUGUGACAUUGGAAAUAAGGUGUGCUCUCGAGGAGAAAUCAUCCGUGUGAAGGUGCUGGGGACUCUGGCGCUCAUCGACGAAGGAGAAACCGACUGGAAAGUCAUCGUCAUAAACGUGGAGGACCCGGAGGCCCAAGACUUCAACGAUAUCGAGGACGUCCGCAGACUGAAGCCCGGAUACCUGGAGGCCACGCUCGACUGGUUCAAGAUGUACAAAGUGCCGGACGGGAAGCCGGAAAACCAAUUUGCCUUCGACGGUGAAUUUAAGAACAGGGAUUUCGCCAUUAAAACAGUUAAGGACACUCACAGUUUCUGGAAAGCUCUGAUCUCCAAGAAAACAGACGCUGGAGAACUAAACUGUAUGAACACCUGCGUCUCUGACAGUCCCUACUGCCGCUCCGCCGCCGAAGCCCAAGCCGUCGUGGAUUCGGCUCAUCCGUACGGUGAUGCGGAGCCGAUACCGAGCUCAGCUGACAAAUGGUUCUACUACGAACAGACAUAGACGAUCAUCAGCGCUGACGGCAACAACAUAUGGCCGGAAAACAGUUUUAUUACACAAAUCCAUCAACAGCUCUGUUAUAUAUUGCAUUAGCUACUGAUAAACACUGUGUAGUUUGAUUCAUAAAGGUUUGGAUGUUAGUCUGUGUAAUAUAACUGUAUGAACGUGAAGCCUUUCAAUGCAAACUCAAUUAAAAUGAAACAAUGUGACUUUUACAGUUCUUUUAUUGAAAUAUAGUGAACAUUACACAUCUUUCCGAUGUCUAUUUAUGUAUCUAUGUGUUAAGGAACAUCUAAUUGUAGCACAUUUAAUUAAUUUGUAACUGGCUUUAAUCAGUGUAAUUGCUUGGAAACACUUGAUUGUGGUUCUACAGGUAAUUGUUGCUAAUGUCAUGAUGUUAUUUCUUGACUUUGUGCCCCGUCGCCAUGGAGACUGUAGCAGCAUCUGUUACUUUGCGUUUGAAUGAUGUUGACGGGAAAAACAGCAUGUGAGGAUCAUGUGAAUGAUGCAUAUGAGUGAUCUUCCUGUAAGUGGGGGAAAACACUGGGGAUCAAAAUUCUGGAGUAAUUACGUUUUUAUAGUUAUUAA